UUCCGGGACAAAGGGCACUGCCGCCCGUGGCGGGUUAUGCGGCGGCUGCGUCCUCAGGGGUAGUGUGCUGGCGACAGGCCUGCUGUGCUCCAGUGCCGCCUGGAUUUGGAUUGGGAUCGGGACUGGGAUCGAGUCGUGCUUGAAGCGGUGCUCGAGAGUGGAAGGAGGUUGCGUUUGUUCCCAGUGUGUGGCGCCAGCGUAGGGGCGAAAAGGAUCCGGGGACAGAAGGAGGCCGUUCCGAGCGUGGCGUUGUGGGAGCGGUGGGGAAGAUGGCGGACGCCUUUGGAGACGAGCUUUUCGACGUGUUCGAGGGGAACUCCGGCACUAAGAAGACUAAAGCAGGCACCACCGAAGGCUCCAAGAGACCGGGAAAGCGAUUGGAGGAGAAGUCUUCGGUAGAUGCAAUAGGGAAGUCCAAAAGAGAAGUUGAGGUCAAUAGUGCUGAAGAUGCUGUUUUGGGCAAGAAGCCAAAAUUGGAAGAUGUAUCAGAUGAUGUUAAUUUGGCAGACCUCAUGCCUCGAGUAAAGGUGCAAGCUGUGGACACUGUUGAAGGCUGUACACAUGAGGUUGCUCUUCCAGCAGAUGAGGACUUCACAGGUCUGAAGCCAAGAACUGGAAAAGCUGCAAAGGAAUAUCCAUUUAUUCUUGAUGCCUUCCAGAGAGAAGCUAUUCUUUGUGUAGAUAAUAACCAGUCUGUGUUAGUGUCAGCUCAUACAUCAGCUGGAAAAACUGUUUGUGCAGAGUAUGCAAUUGCUCUGGCUUUGCGGGAGAAGCAACGUGUGAUAUUUACAAGUCCAAUUAAAGCUUUGAGUAAUCAGAAGUAUCGUGAAAUGUAUGAAGAAUUUCAGGAUGUUGGUUUGAUGACUGGGGAUGUCACCAUUAAUCCUACAGCUUCCUGUCUAGUCAUGACAACUGAGAUUUUGAGAAGUAUGCUCUACAGAGGUUCUGAAGUUAUGCGAGAAGUUGCAUGGGUUAUUUUUGAUGAAAUCCACUACAUGAGAGACUCAGAACGUGGCGUGGUAUGGGAAGAGACAAUUAUUUUGCUACCUGACAACGUUCAUUAUGUGUUCCUUUCUGCCACUAUUCCAAACGCUCGUCAGUUUGCUGAGUGGAUCUGCCAUCUUCACAAACAGCCUUGCCAUGUGAUUUACACUGACUAUCGACCCACUCCACUGCAGCAUUACAUAUUCCCAGCAGGAGGAGACGGACUCCAUCUGGUUGUUGAUGAAAACGGAGAUUUCAGGGAAGAUAAUUUUAAUACAGCAAUGCAAGUGCUUAGAGAUGCAGGAGACUUGGCUAAAGGAGAUCAGAAAGGCAGGAAAGGAGGAACAAAAGGUCCUUCAAAUGUUUUUAAGAUUGUGAAGAUGAUCAUGGAAAGGAAUUUCCAACCUGUGAUUAUUUUCAGCUUCAGUAAGAAAGAUUGUGAGGCCUAUGCACUUCAGAUGACAAAGUUAGAUUUCAAUACAGAUGAAGAAAAAAAGAUGGUCGAAGAAGUGUUCAACAAUGCAAUUGAUUGUCUGUCAGAUGAAGACAAAAAGCUUCCUCAGGUUGAGCAUGUGCUUCCUCUUCUGAAGCGAGGAAUUGGAAUCCAUCAUGGUGGUCUGCUCCCUAUCUUAAAAGAAACCAUAGAAAUUCUUUUCUCUGAGGGCCUAAUAAAGGCCUUAUUUGCAACAGAGACUUUUGCUAUGGGAAUUAAUAUGCCAGCCAGGACUGUACUAUUCACAAGUGCCAGCAAAUUUGAUGGAAAAGAUUUCCGAUGGAUAUCCUCAGGUGAAUACAUUCAAAUGUCAGGUCGUGCAGGGCGCCGAGGUAUGGAUGACAGAGGGAUAGUGAUUCUUAUGGUGGAUGAAAAAAUGAGUCCAACAAUUGGCAAGCAGCUUUUGAAGGGUUCAGCUGAUCCUUUAAACAGUGCAUUCCACCUAACAUAUAACAUGGUCUUGAACUUGCUUCGAGUAGAAGAAAUUAACCCUGAAUACAUGUUAGAGAAAUCCUUCUAUCAAUUCCAGCAUUACAGAACUAUUCCAGAAAUAGUAGAGCGAGUCAAUAAUUUGGAGGGACAGUACAACAAAAUAGCAAUUCCUAAUGAAGAAAAUGUAGUCAUAUACUACAAAAUUCGUCAGCAGCUUGCAAAACUGGGUAAAGAGAUUGAAGAGUAUAUUCACAAACCAAAAUAUUGCUUGCCUUUUUUACAGCCAGGAAGACUGGUGAAGGUGAAGAAUGAAGGUGAUGACUUUGGAUGGGGAGUGGUUGUUAAUUUCUCUAAGAAAUCAAAUGUAAAGCCAAAUUCUGGAGAGUUGGACCCACUAUAUGUAGUUGAAGUGCUGCUGCACUGCAGCAAAGAGAGUCUGAAAAAUUCUGCUACUGAGGCUGCAAAGCCAGCCAGACCUGGUGAGAGAGGAGAGAUGCAGGUGGUUCCUGUUUUGGUACAUCUUCUAUCAGCCAUCAGCAGUGUUCGCCUUUACAUACCUAAAGACCUGAGGCCUAUUGACAAUAGGCAAAGUGUGUUAAAAUCCAUACAAGAAGUACAGAAACGAUUUCCUGAUGGAGUACCCUUACUAGACCCUAUUGAUGACAUGGGCAUCAAAGAUCAAGGACUCAAAAAAGUAAUCCAAAAAGUAGAGGCAUUUGAGCAUAGGAUGUAUUCACAUCCUCUUCACAAUGACCCCAACUUGGAAACUGUGUACAAACUCUGUGAAAAAAAAGCACAGAUUGCUAUGGAUAUUAGAGCAGCAAAGCGAGAGCUAAAAAAAGCCAGAACUGUCUUACAAAUGGAUGAACUCAAAUGCCGCAAGCGUGUUUUGAGAAGACUGGGGUUUGCCACGUCCUCAGAUGUUAUUGAGAUGAAGGGAAGAGUUGCUUGUGAAAUCAGCAGUGCUGAUGAACUACUCCUGACAGAAAUGAUGUUCAAUGGUCUCUUCAAUGACUUAUCCGCAGAACAGGCAACUGCUCUUCUAAGCUGUUUUGUAUUUCAAGAGAACUCCAGUGAAAUGCCAAAAUUGACAGAGCAGUUGGCAGGACCACUCCGGCAGAUGCAGGAGUGCGCAAAAAGAAUCGCCAGGGUGUCUGCAGAAGCAAAACUGGAAAUCGAUGAAGAAAAUUAUUUAAAUUCUUUCAGACCCAACCUGAUGGAUGUUGUGCAUACAUGGGCAAAUGGAGCCAACUUUGCUCACAUCUGCAAAAUGACUGAUGUCUUUGAAGGGAGCAUAAUUCGUUGCAUGAGAAGGCUGGAAGAGUUGCUUCGGCAGAUGUGCCAGGCUGCCAAAGCCAUUGGAAACACAGAGCUGGAAAAUAAAUUUGCAGAGGGGAUUACUAAGAUCAAGAGAGAUAUUGUGUUUGCUGCAAGCCUUUAUCUGUAAGAGAAGUCAUCUUCUAAAACCAGUACUGGAUUCACAUUAUGGAACAAAUUCAUCAGCUUCACAUGCUACUUCCAUCUCAAGUUUUUAUUUCUUUUAUUGGUGUGCAUUUAAACCACAGUUGUUUCAACAAGGCAUGUACAAACAGCAGUUUAUGUAGUAUAUAACUGAUACCAUGUUUUCAAUAAAAAAAUGAAAUUGUAAUAGCUUUUUUCUUUCAAGCAAAAGCUUAAACCAACAUAAAGUUUAGAUAUUCAGUAACUGUGGUAGGUGUUACUAUAUACAGGUAAAGUGAGCAUACAAGAGCAGCAGCAGUCCCUUAAAGGCAUUUAUUUAUAUUACAUAGUUAAAGAACUGUAAUUGUUUUUUCUUCUUCCAGAGAGUAAGACAGGUGAGGUGGGUCAUUCGGUCACGGUUGAUGAUUGCUGCCAAAGUGAUUUCCAUUUGUUGGAGUCUCAUGGAGAGUUGUAUGUGAAUCUUCUUUUGGUUGAAAUGUACAUCCUCUCACUUUGAAGAAGUCAGACACAUACACAACCUAAGAACAAAUAAUUAUUAAGGGCAUGCAUGUGUAUGUCUUUCAAAUAAUGGGUAAAUGCUUUUGCAGAAGGCAGAUUGCAUGAUCAAAUCUAGAAGUUUAAACCUACUAAAACUUAAGAAUUGCUAGGAAGCCUCACAUAGAAUUGUGGCAUCUUUGUUUUAAUAGCUUUUCCAUCUGCUGUUGCACUUCCUGCUCCCCCUGCCGUUGACCACUUAGCCAUUCAUAGUUUAGCUUAAACUCAAAACUUAUGUGCUAGCUGCUCUACCUGCAGUGCUUUACCAGGCACUGCUUACCACAGUAGUCUACACAAAUCUAAAUGAAGACGCAAAGUAUUCCUGCUGAAGCCCUAUGUCACAUGUAUGGUUACAUUCAUUCCACACUUUGUUUAGAAAGAGCUUGUACUUGAGCUGAGGAAGAGGGUUCAUUAGUCAGCUACUGUUAUGCUCUGGGAUUGUCACUCUUUUGCAUUCUUUAAAAGCACCGUGCUUGGAUUCAUGCUCUCCAUGGCAAGGUUCACAGCAGCUUCCUCUGCAAUACAUUUCAUCUACAGCUCCAGCAUCUGUAAGGUCAUAUCCACCUAUAGUGUCAUUUCCUGCAUUCCUCUGACCAUUUCACCUCACUUCCUUCACAGUGGUGCUUUCAUCCAGUUCUGCAGCUUGCUCUCUCCUCAUCAUCCAUCACAUCAUGCUGGUAUAGUGCUGUAUGAAGCCUUCUCAUGGUCCCUUCCCUUCCUAAUCACCUCUUCAACUCUUAAUGGCAAACCUGAGAACCAUACAACACAGCUUAGGGCAGCAGUGCUGAGGGCUGCUGGAUGAUCAUAGACCCAGUGUAUUGUUUUACCUGCUGAUCAAAUGAUUAAUUUACUCACUUCAGUUUGCUGCCCCAACAUACGCUACCUCAACUUUCUGUUUCUGGAGGUGAACUCUUCAGUUUGUUCAGAUAAGAGGUUUGGGGUUAUUUAUCUUUAAAAAUAACUUCCUCACCUUUCAACUCUGUUUGUGGUAGUACUACAUUCUACUCAUUCUUUUGUUAGCAUCAUCUAAGUUACCCUCUCAAUCAUCCAGCAUCCUUUAUGAAGUUUGUUUGCCAAUUCUCUGUUCCCUGGGACAGCUUUUCAUCAGCAUCACAGCUAAGCUUCACAGGAUAGCUUUGUUGUAAACGUUCUUAGUACUCCAAGCAGUGAAGGGUUUGUUUCCCAUCAAGACAGAACACAGGCACAGUAAGCUAAUGGAGGUAGGCUGUGUCAUCCUAUCCUUAUCUUUAAAAACUUUCUUUGGCCUGCUUACCUCAUAACACAGUUCUCUGCUAUUGUACUUGAGAUUUAGAAUUUGACUAGAAGCAAAGGUACAGUUAUAUAGAGGCUCACUCAAUUUUGCAGCUAUUUUCCACUCAAGUUACUUGAAAAGUUCUUGGGCAGAGACAAUUUAAUUUUGCUCAACUGCUAAAAUAGCUGUCUGCCUCACUCCCUAAAGUACUGCUACAAAGCUAGUCCAAGGAUUUGCUUCCCCUCUCGAGCAGUUUUCAAACCAUUAGGAAGACAGGUCUGCUUUCCUCUAAACACAUCCUGCAAUCUAGGGUACUGUUUAUAAAAGCAACAUUCACACCACACCCCCUCCAAGGCAUUACUUACAAUGAGCACAGCUACCACUGCUCCCUGAAUGAGUCCUGUUAAAACGUCACUCCAGUGAUGCUUGUAAUCAGACACACGUGAGAGACCCACGUAAAUGGAUGCAGCAAUGAGACCAAAUUGUAAAGUAGGCCGCACAAGUCUUGCCCAGUCUCCUUUCAUUCUGGCCUGAAGGUAAAGCUAAAGGGAAAAGGAAAAAAAAGAAAUAGGAAGGGAAUACAGAAGCAGUAACCAGGUAAAUAGUGUUGGGCCUGUUCAGAGUUGAGUUGAAAUUUGUGUUUACAGACAUGGUAAUGUUUACAAAUACACUAGGUGCUAUGUUCUCACAGGUACGCUAAGAUGCGUUUGAUGCUCAGUGCUGGUCUUUGUUUUAUGUAAAGCUACAUAACAUCAUUGCAGUCAUGGCUGCUGUAGUUGCACCAGUGUGAGAAAUUACCUUUUUCAGGAUAAAGGUGCUGAUACUAGCACUUAAAGCAGACGUCAAAACAGUAUUUUACUUCUGCAUUAACUACAAAACAAUAGUGAAGUUUAUAUACACUGUGCAGAGCUGACAAGUUGCUAACUUUAUUUUCAAUCCCAUUCACCUUCAGUGUUAUUUGACUUUUAGCAUCAUAUUCCAGCUGUAGUUAAGCAUCAGAACUAACUUGAUACAAUGACUGAUAACAUCUAGGAUCACAUUCCCCAGUUGUCACUGGUGUAUUUCAUUGAGCUCCUUUUUAGCUGCAUAUUAACCAUGUUACCACUCUCGUUAAGCUCAUGGAUAUGUGCAGUUCCCAAGCUUUCUCUUUUUCCCUCAGUUCUGUUUAUGUUUUUUUAUGCAUUGCCUCAAAUUCACAUUGGUAAUUUUAUUACUUUCCCGUCUAUUCUAAGUUCUUGCUGUCAUCUCCCCUGGUCUAAGACAGAAAAUUCUUGUUUCAGCUCUGAGAGGAGCUCCUCAAAUCCACCCUAUAAACACCGUUGAAUUUAUUCUAGAACUUGAUCCUGUCACCAAAAAAAGGCAUCACAGUUACCAUUUACAGAGAAGAAUAAUACAGUUACAAGUUAUACUGAGCGUUUCAAGUAUAUCUUUUCAGUACCAUCUAGGAACUUAAGGUUGUGUACAAAACCUUAAUUGACAGCCUUGCAAAAUCACAGAACCUCACUAAACCACAAGCUUCAUACACUAAGCACACUAAACGUCUGGUAAAUCCCUCCACUGCCAAUUUCAAAAGCCACGGCUACCUUUUAAAAGCAUUAAAUUUACUGUGUAAAUGGAGGCAUGGAAUGUACACUGUCAAUGAAAAGGUGCUACUUUCCAAAGUUAAACAUUCAGAAGAUGCCUCAUUGGUUUCUUCGAGUAAUUUGUGUCAUAAUUUAGGCAUGCUGACUUUUUUUAAUCUAUAAAUGGAGCAUCAAAAAGAUCAACCCUAUCUAUAGCUGAUUUUCUGUCAUAGCAAGGUCAGUGUGAAAUUGGACUUAAGAAUAAGUUACACCUAAACAUGAACUGGAAAAACAUCAUCUUCAUUCAGGUGGUGGGCACUCCAUAUUUUUGGAGAUCUUCAUUUCACCAUUAGGCAAAAAUACUGUUUAGCCACUUCAAAAAUUAGUUGUCACAUAGUUCUUCUAAACAAAAUGGUCUUACAGUACUUCUGAAUUUACCUGUAGGAGACCAGAACACUACCUGAGUGCCAAAUGGAGAUAAUAGUGGAUCCAAGGAGCACAUGCUGGUAGACCAAGAAAUAAUGGCUAAUGAUUUGAUACAUGCUGCUCCUAGCUUGGUGGCAUCUGCAAAAUUACCGAUGCUGGUGUUACACUGCAUUAACUUUUGCAACUGCUUUGACCCUCUUGACCACAAGGCAAUGAAUACAGACUUUUUACAGAGCUGCUCUUAAUACACAGAGCAUGCCUCAGGUUUUUUUGCUUCUCCUUGAAGUCAUUUACAGGACAGUCUCCCCUGCUAGAAAGGAAUAAGCUUUACAAGCAAAAUCUGUAAAUCUACAGAAGCAGCAGGAUCUUUAGGAAAUGUCACCUGGUCAAUACUACUCUAAUGUCACCUACUAUCAUUCCACUUGUUGGUGGGAAACACAUUUGUGAGCCUAUGAAUACAGCAGGAGCACCCAGAGCUGCUCUGGUAGCAAUGCCCUCCUAUCAGUGACAGCUGUUUGAGCAUGUCAGCUUUCCAGAUGUCCUGUUUCUAAGCAUCUGUCUGACCAUUAACUAAUCAUACAGCUACGCUCUAUUCCUCUUCACUCUUCCAUCCUGGUCUUUCUCAUGUUUGUUUUGUUCUUUUUUUGAAGGGCACAAAAACAUUUCAUAGAAUCUUCUUGUAUUGGGAUUAAAUAAUAUCCAAACUCUUUCCCCUGCUAGCUAAUGCUUACUCUAUAAUAAAAAUAUGUUUUCUACACCACA